AUGAGCAAAAUUCAAGAGGUUAUAAAUAAUGGAAUAUCUUCGGAAAAGUUACUUCUGGCAACGGAUCAUGUAAGCGUCUCGACCACACCUACCGAUUCCUCUGAUUUCAAACCUAUUACUUAUGAAACUAAACCAGAUCAAUUCUCAUACUUGCAACUUCUGAAAUAG